AUGUUUGACAAAUCUAACAUGGGGUAAGUAAACUAAACUGUAAUAGCAUCCAUAUAAUUAUGAAAUAUUUAAUUGUAUAUUCCAUGUUUUAUUUAUAUUUGUUGGUUUAAGUAAUAUAUAAAUUAUAGUUCUCAUUUUUGCUUCCAGCUUUGGCGGAUUGAGACGGAUUGUUGAUGCCGAAAUGAAAGACGUUCAUGCCACUGGGGUAACGAAUACAAAAGCUGAGAAGAAAGCUGUGACAGAUGAAGAGGAAAACUAUUUGGUAUGCGCUCUCAAGAGCAUCGCCACUUACGGCUUGAGGAUAUUACAAUAGAAAAUAAUACAGCGAUAGUUUACCGAGAAAAUACUUCUAAAACGUUUCACGGGGAUAUAGCCGAUAUGAAAAAAAAACCCAUAGAAUCGUUAAGCACUUUUGUCACAAUAGUGAAAAUGAUAGUCAUGAGCGUUGUUUAAUUAAGAUUUAUAACCGCUACUUUGAGCUAUCUAGAUCGAUGCGUGAUAAUCUGUUGUUCUUCAACAUUGAUGAACCCACAGGAGAGGAAAAAGAAGACACGACGGAGAUCAUUCUGGCGUUAUUGGAAGAUAAACUGGAGAUUCCCAAUGCGCGCAACAAGGUAAAGAUUGAUAGAUCCCACCGAUUGGGCCCAAAGCGCCGAAAUACGCAAAGUGGUCAACAGUGACAGUAGACCACCAACAAGCCACGACCAAUUGUCGUGAAAUUAAAUUAUAUUCAGGACAAAGAAGAUGUUUUGAGAAACACGAAAAAAUUAAGGGGCACAAGAAUUGGUGUUCAAGAUCAAUUUCCCGAAGAAAUCGAGCGAGAGAGAAAGAAAUUGUACCCCAUCAUGAAGGAAGCGAGACAAGCGGGUAAGCAUGUAAGAUUGGCUUGCGACAAACUGUACAUUGAUAGGCAUCUAUAUCGUCCUAUUAACUCUUAA